AAUAUGGUUGUUGUUGGGUUCUUUUAAUAAAUUUCUGAAUUUGAUAAAUAUUUUUUUCAUGUCUGUAGGUGAACAUAUAUAUAUAUAUAUAACUUGGGGUCGCGAGUGCUUAUCAUACGUAAUAAUAUUGUAGAUGGGGUCGUGUCUCAAAAAGUUUGAAGACCACUGAACUAGGAUAUGAAAAUAUUUAAUUUUAUAGUUGAUAGAACUAGAAUUUAGCAGCUUUAAAACAAAUGCUAACCUUGAAAAACAUAACAUUUAUUUCACUUUUGAUGCUUGCUAUAAGCAUUGAGAUUAACCAGGCAAAAGAAUGUAAAAUUCCAGAAAACAAUGAAGACAUCGACUGGGAUAAGGUUAAGGAUGACUGGUAUAUGGUGCUACACACCAACGAUGAGGUCAUGAAAAGAGAUGUUAUAGGUGUAAGAUUACGGAAUAUCUCCAAUACAAAUGAAGGAAUGGGAAUGGUGAUUACUGAAUUACAUGAGAAUUCUCCUCCCCAAACCUUUACAAUCGAAUCAUCCAAACGAAGAGACGGCGUUUAUUACGGAAAAAAGAGCGAAGAUGAUGCCUUAUUCAAUGGUGAUAUUCUGGCUCUAUGUGAUGAAAAGAAUUAUUUGGUCUAUGCAUUCUGCAGUCUUUCAGAUGAAUGGGUUGUUUGGGCGGAAUUUCCAACCCUGAAUCCAACUAUUCAUCAAAUUAGUUUAAUGUGGAACAAGCUCAUUGAAAAAGGAAUCAUUGUACAACUUUAUCCUUCAAAAACUGUUGAACAUCCAGAGUUGAUGGAAGUUUGAACUGACAAGAUCAUUCAAUACUAAGUUAUAACCAUGAACAGAAAUCCAUUCAAUAGAAAUUAUAACACUGCAGUAUAUUAUUUAGUACAAGUAUUAUAUUCUAGAAAAACAAAGACAGUAAGAAAACUACGCGAGUACU